AUGAAGAUAUCCAACGUCGUCCUCUGGCUUGUCCCGUCCGUGGCUCUGGCACUUGAGCUCGAGCAAAAGCACGCCGUUGCUCCCACACACUCAGCUAUCAACCUACCCUCCGCUUCAUCGCCGGAAUUUACGACACCCUCGAGUGUCGAAGACAUGCAAACUGAGCAACGAAACUAUGAUCAGAUCGAGAAUGACCCUAAUUCAAGUCCAGACUACCCUGUUGUGGUAGUCAUUCCCAGUAAACAGAGAGUCCCAGUACCUGUCAUGGAAGGUCAACUGUCUGAACCCGCCCACGGAUCUAUCGAACUGCGCUCAUUGGAAGCGUCAUCUGGAUUGACCAAGUCGCUGAGAGCACGGAGUGAAGGCACACUCGGGCAAACACCUUGGAUUGGUAUGGCCAUUGGGUUGACUUGUACGGCCUUGGCCGCGGUGAUGCUUGGGUGA